ACCGACUGGGCCACGCAGCCACAAAGGCCACAACCAUCGGCAAGAUCUUUACCGUCGUCGUUAUGUGGAAUGCAGCGCAGUCCAAUAUGGCCGCUGACUCGGGAAUGGAUACGUGUCCAUCCCCAGAAAUACCAGAUUCUCGGAAAAGACCAUUAGAUGGCGAAGUUGAAAAUGGAACGACAAAGAGAUCACAUUACGGUGGAGGAGAUGGAACAUACCACUUCAAGAUGCUGGUGCCAGGUGUGGCAGCGGGGGCUAUCAUUGGGAAAGGUGGUGAUACUAUAGCACAGCUUCAGAAGGAUACCGGUGCUCGUGUAAAAAUGUCUAAAGCUAAUGAUUUUUAUCCAGGUACAUCUGAGCGGGUCUGUCUGAUAACUGGAAAUGUGGGUGGUAUAAUGGCAGUUUUGAUAUUCAUCAUGGAGAAAAUCCGGGAGAAACCAGACAUGAAUGCAAAACAAGCAAUAGACUUUGACAAUAAAACUUCAGCUGAACGAGAUAAACAAGUUAAAAUUCUGGUCCCUAACAGCACAGCGGGAAUGAUUAUUGGAAAGGGUGGCAACUACAUAAAGCAAAUAAAGGAGGAGAGUGGCUCAUAUGUUCAGAUCUCACAAAAAGCGAAAGACCAGACUCUGCAAGAGAGAUGCAUCACUGUUAUUGGUGAAAUGGAGUGCAACAAGAGAGCUUGCCUCAUGAUCCUGACUAAGGUGGUGGAAGAUCCACAGAGUGGGAGUUGUUUGAAUGUAAGUUAUGCUGACGUGUCUGGUCCAGUUGCUAAUUACAAUCCUACUGGAUCUCCAUAUGCUAAUCAUACUGGUCAGCAUACACCAGUACAGGCUGGAAGUUUCAAUUCAUCUCCAAGCUUGAGUUCAUCCAUCACUGCAGUUGGUGGGAUGCUGCUUAAUGGAGGUCCUGCCAGUCUGAAUUUGAGUUUGAAUCUGGGUAGCCCAUCAGCUGGACCAGUUAGUGCUUCAGUCACUGCACAGCUUCUGGAUCACAUAAAGGUUACAUUGAGGAACAGUGGGUAUUCAGACCAAGCAACUAGUGAAAUCACAUCUGCUAUGGGUAUACUUGCACAGUAUGGGAUUCUUGGUAUGGGACUUGGAUUGGCUGGAACAGGAGUGUCAUCAAGCAGUUCAAGCAGCCAUGCCCUUGUGCCAAGCAGCAACUAUUUAGGAGUCAGUCCCAUGGAUUCCACACCUUCUCAAACAGCAAAUGGGGUUGGAAAUAACGGCGGUGUAUUUGGUCCAAUUGGCACAGUGUCUUCAAUUGGUACUUCAACUCCAACAUCUCGUGGAGGUACGAUGGACCGGUUCAGCGAGGGUGGUGCAUCCAGUGGUCCAUUUGAUCCUUUCAGACAUCAGUCAAGUCCUACGAACCUUGGCUCACCCCUUUCUCUCAACAAUAACUCUUUUGGCCUAGGGACUGGUCAGUCCCUCUGUAAAAGUCCCACUCCUUCAGACCUGAAAGGUGACCAAAACAAAGUUGAUCUGGAAAUUGCAGAAAAUAUUGUUGGUGCAAUUCUUGGUCCUGGUGGUAGAUCUCUUGUAGAAAUUCAGCAUUUCAGUGGAGCAAACAUUCAAAUAUCAAAGAAGGGCACAUUUGCUCCUGGUACUCGUAAUCGCAUUGUUUCUAUAGCAGGCUCACCCAAUGCUAUCACUACUGCACAGUAUCUCAUUGAGCAGAGGAUUAGCGAGGAAGAAGCCAAACGAGCCAGACAUAAUGCUCUGGGUAUCCUACAGUAAAAUAGGUAAUUAACACCACAUGUGCAUUUAUUAUCCACUUCAUCUGUUAACAUGUAUUUUUUAAUGGUUGUUUAUCUCAUCUGAUCUUUGUUGCCACAAUUGACUUACCAUUAAUAUUUGCACUAACUGAAUCAUCACAUCAGUCAUUGAAGACAAGUAGUAUCAUCUAAUUUGUGGGAUGAAUUUCCACAGCAUCUUUACUGAAUCACCUGUUAAAAGUUGUCCUUGUGGCCAAUAUACGUCCUGAACAUUGAAUCAUUCAUUCUAGAUCAGUAAUAAGUCCUGUAUUUGUUAUCAUACUCCAGCAAACAUCAUGACAUACCUCUAAAUGUUGUUACAAAAGAAACUUGACAUUAAUCAUGUGUAUUGUAAAUACUUCUGAUGCAGCAUAUAUCAUCACAUUUCUAUAGCUGGUUUUUCCAUGGAAUCUGCAUUGAUUGAAUACUUGUAUGCUUCAUUAUAUAUAUACAUACAUAUACAUAUAUUUUCCUGGAUUUAUUUCAUAAGUCCCUAAAUGUAUAAUUUCUAAUGAUCUGUCAACAUGUUAAUGAUGCUGAAGAUGAGUUGGAAGUUCUGAUCUUUUUGGAACUGGGCUGUAUUACAUGUACUUGGCUGUUACAUAAUAUAUAUAUGUACAAAGAUUGUACUUCAUUGUAGUUGAAAUGCAUUUUUUUUUUUAAAUUUUGAUUGGUGAUCUUAAAAUAUUUCAUGUGUGAUUUAUAGUGAAGACUCUUGAGGUAUAUGAAACUGAUGAGCAUAAAUUAUCUUUAACAAUAAAUUUCCUUGGACAUUUUCAUUGUAUAAAUGAAGAACGUCCAAAGAGAGCUGCCUUUUACCCAUAGUACAUAACUUAUAUUUGUUCUGUGAUAAUAACAGCCUGUUCACUGUUAGGUGUAAAUUUAUAUCCCUCUACCCCACUCACUGUCAUCCAAGUUGGUUGUUGUGUGAUUCUUUUUUCCUUUUUAUUUCUCUCUCUUACUAGUCUUUCAUAACAAUCUAAUGAAUGGUCACAUUUCUGCAUAGGGGGUUGGGUUUCAUUCUUUCCUUUGUGUAGUCCACUAGAUGUCAUACCUUUCAAGUCCAUACAAUUAUGGUGAUGGGAAGCGAGUGUCUUGCUUCUGUCAGAAAAAUGGCGUCCAUUUAGCACUUUUGAAAGUAAAUUUUGUCAUAUUCAUGUAUAUAAAUAAGAUACAUUCAUUGGUGAAAUGUGAUAUUGUUGUACAGAAACAUUCUCAUUACCAAGUUACCAUGUACACUUUUUGUUGCCUUUGUAAUCAUAUAUCAUUGUACAAUAUAUUAUUUGCAAAAUGACUGGAAGUAUAUUGAAGGUGACGGGUAUACCAAGGAUUGUUGUGUGGAGAGAGAAGUUAUCGCCUAUUAAAGGUUUUCAGAGCUAUAAGUGAUUUUUAAUUGUAUUGUCAAAGCCUUUUCUGAAAAGAAAAGUAAGUCUGAAUGUCAAUACAUUGGAUGUUAUUCUGUGUCAUUGUGGUGUUGCAGCAAAAAAAGAAAAGUUACUAUAUAAAUUUGAUGUUUGUAAUGAAAUAAUAGCAUGUUCCUGUAAGUUUGUGCAGUGCAAUUAUUAUUGAGAGAAAUUCCUGUAUGCCUGGGCAUGUAGGUUCAUUGGUACAUCUCGAUUUGACAUGAUGGGUUAAGUUCCACUGUCUGUGUUUUCAUGUUGUCCACAGGUGGCAAUGUGAUUGUGUAUAUGUUAAUAUUUCAAGCCAACUCAAAUUGAGUUAAAAAUUGUUGUACCUAGAACAUAAUACAGAUAUUUCUUCAUUGUGAAUUGCCAUUAAACUCAUUAAAGUUAAGUUGUAUUCCUACAUUAAUUUGAGUCAUCAGUGCCAUAUACAGUAUGUAGACCACGUGUCACUGAGGGUUGUAGAGCCUAAUCCUUCAAAUGGGGAGAAAUCCCUGAUGGCAGCCUUAUUAAAAUGUUCCAUUGUAUGCAAAACUACUGAGACAUAUGCAUAGAGAGAUAUGUCAUUCAUUUUUGUGUAAUUGUGGUAGAACUAGCUGAGUUUACAAACAUUACUUCAGUGUUGCUGUCAUUUCUUUGAGCAGCACAAAAGAAACUCUUGUUUUAAUUUCUUUUCUCCAGUUGUAGUUUAGAUCAUUCACUUUCAGUACAUUUAUAAGAAUUUUUUAAAAUAUUCUCAUAGUUAAUAUUCUAAAUAUAGAGCCUAUACAUUUUUAUGUCUUUCUGCUCUUCCACUAAGGGAAAAGACAUCUAAAAAUCUUUAAAUGACAUAUUUUGAAGCUUUCUUCCUCUUAAAAUUUUAAAUAAAAAAGGUUUACAGUGGGUGAGCAAAUAAGACAAAAGCUACUAGACAGUUUCAUUCAAUCAAAAUGUAGUAGCAAAUCAUGGUUCAUUCUCAAUAAAUCCACAGCAUAAUGAACUGCAUAUUUCAUUAAGCACAACCUAACACUUCCUCUCAAAUAGUAAUGCCUGGCAAAUGCAAAUUCAUUUCACCUAAAUGACACCUCUUUACAGUUACCAUGAGACACACUCUUAUAAAGUGGUUAAAAACAAAUCAGAGCAAAAAAAAUCCUAGCAAAGUAAACAUUCUAAAAAUAUAUGUCUAAUAACUACACAAUAUUUAAUAUUUUACUGAUUCUACAUGUAGUUAACCUAAUGUCUAGGCCAUGAUAAUUCCUUGACUUCUGUAUCUGUAUACAUUUACUUAUGGACGAUAGUUCACAAAUGAAAUUAAGACAGGCAGGCUUCACAGAAUAUUAACAUUCAAAUAAAAAUAAUUUGAGCAAAUUCAUU